AAAAAUGAAAGUGUGUCAAGUUGCGCUUUAAAAGACUCGCCAGAUGUAAGAAGAGACACUUGUCGACUCUAGCAAGCCCUAAAAUCAGCGAAGAAGAAGGAAACGACACGAUUCUGCUCUCUUCUUGAUCCCCUUCCUCAUCUGCACAUAAAAGGAUAAUCAAUUAUCCCUAUGCUUUUCUAGUACCAUGGAAUCUUACAUGAACUUCAAGAACAUUGCUGACACGCCACAGCCAGGUAGCAACGGGGGAAAAUCAAUGGGUAAUAUUGAUUACCCUUUGGCUAGGCAAUCUUCCAUAUACUCAUUGACCUUUGAUGAGCUUCAAACAACAUUUAGUGGACUUGGAAAAGAUUUUGGAUCGAUGAAUAUGGAGGACCUCUUGAAAAGCAUUUGGACAGCUGAAGAGUCUCAAGCUGUGACAUCUUCUACUGGUGGAGGAGAUGCGAAGGCACCUGUAGGAAAUCUACAAAGGCAAGGUUCUUUGACACUACCUCGGACACUUAGUCAGAAAACUGUUGAUGAAGUAUGGAGAAAUUUUCAGAAAGAAACUGUUAGUACCAAAGAUGGAAGUGGCACUGGGAAAUCAAACUUUGGUGGGCAGAGGCAAUCUACUUUGGGAGAAAUGACAUUGGAGGAGUUUUUGGUUAAAGCAGGUGUAGUUAGAGAAGAUAUGCAAUCUACUUCCAACUCGAAUGAUAUUACAUUUAACAAUGGAUUAAGUCAACAGGCUAACAACAAUGGUUUGAACAUAGCAUUUCAACAACCAACUCAAAACACAGGACUGUUGAUUAAUCAAAUCGCAGCCAAUAACAUGUUGAAUGCGGUUGAUGCCACGUCAUCACAGCACCAAAAACCUCUUUUUCCCAAGCAAACAACAGUGGCAUUUGCAUCUCCUAUGCAAUUAUCGAACAAUGGUCAUCUGGCUAGCCCUCAGACAAGGGCUCCUGCAGUUGGAAUGUCCAAUCCUGUUGUGACUACUAAUAUAGCUCAAGGCGGGGUUAUGGGGAUGGCAGGAUUUCAUAAUGGAGUUUCACCAGCAAAAGGAGGAUCUCCUGUAAAUGAUUUUGUUUCAAGGAGCAAUGUGGAUAAUCCGUCAUCUCUUUCCCCUUCCCCUUAUGCAUUCAGUGAAGGUGGAAGGGGCAGGAGAUCGGGAAGUUCUUUGGAAAAAGUUGUAGAGAGAAGGCGUAGGAGGAUGAUUAAGAACAGAGAAUCUGCAGCUAGAUCAAGGGCUCGGAAGCAGGCCUAUACUUUAGAGUUGGAAGCUGAAGUCGCAAAGCUUAAAGAAAUUAAUGAAGAGUUGCGGAAGAAACAGGCUGAAAUUAUGGAGAAGCAGAAAAAUCAGCUACUGGAAAAAAGGAAUAUGCCUUGCGGAUAUAAGUUAAGAUGCUUGAGAAGGACACUGACAGGACCUUGGUAGAAGAAUGAGGAGUUGAAGCAAAAAUUCCCUGGUACAAGCUUAGGCAACAGUUAGGUGGGUGGUUUUGUGAGUUAUGAUCUGAUCCAGAUCUAUCUUCUUCACACGUUUGGUAAUUUUAUGUAUGGGAGUGAGAUGGUGCCCAUGUUAUGUACAUUAUGUAAACAAUCUGCUUGUAUGAAAUUUUCUCUGUGUAAUUUUAAUUGGUUUCACACAUUAGUCAUAUAGGCAAGUAGGGAUGCAUCAGUUCCAUAGUUAGGUGAUAGAUUCAUUACAAGAUCCAGGCAAGAGAUAAUAAAUUAUUUAUGAACCAACAUUUCUACUUUCUUACA